AUGAAUUUUUAUCAGAAGAUUGGCAGUGAAAGCUAUUUUAUCGAUAGCAUCACUCAUAACAGUUUUAUAAUGUUCAUUGUUUUACGUGAAUAUAUCGAUGAUCACAAUCGACCACACCUUCCUGCAUAUUUGAGACCAAUUAUUCAAGGUCGCAUUGAAAGAUUACGCAAUUAUUACGAAGCUGUUGCUUAUACAAAUUUAUCUACAUUCAAAAAUUUAAUAUUUUUAAAAUUCGGAGAUAUUGGCAAUGAUGCAGACGAGGAUAAUGAUGAUGAUGAUGAUAACGAGAAUGAAAUUAGUGAUAUGGGAGAUAAUAAUAGUCGAAAAAAGUUUUUAUUGGCAAAGGAUAGCGUUUUUGGCUUAUUUCUAAGAAAAUUUGCUCUUGGAUUCUAUUCUCAAAGUUUUGAGAAAAUGAUACAAUUUUUAGAUUCAUUUUAUGAAGCUUAUGAUAAUCAGAUAACUAACAAUGUUAACAGAAUCAAUAUGAAAGCAGGAAAUGAACAUAAACGAAUGGAUUCGUCUUCUACUUCAUCUACUUGGCCUGAAAAUGAUUCAAUUGUACAUAAUUUUGCUCAUUCAUUUAAAAGAGAUCAAUAUUUGAUAUCUACUCGUAAUCAAGCAUUGGAAGUAUGUUCAGGAAUUAUUGAUUCUGUAGGCAAAUUUGGUGGACGUCCAAAUAUUAAUCUUCAAAGGUAUAAUGAACUUUUAUCAUUAGCAAAGAAAAUGUAUCCUGAAUUGUCAUAUACUCACUAUGCUUCACAUAUAUACGCUUUGCACAUACGUAAUUUUACAAUGGCUGAAAAUGAAUUACAUUCCUAUUUUGAAACAUGUAUGGCGCGUAUUGAUAAUCCAGAGGCCAGCAGCCUCAGCAGCGGGGUGUCGACGGCGGCUGCAGCGGCGUCGACAACGACGGCUACAACAACGGCAGGAGCAAUGACAUCUUCAGCAUCGAAUCCAACUAUCAGUUCUAGUAAUACAUGUGCUCAUAUGGCAGUAACUGCUGCUUCGAUGCAUUUAAACUUUGGUCACUGGCAUAGAGGAAAGUGUUUGAUCAAGGAAGCCUUACAAAAAUCUUUGGAAAGUGAAUCCAAGGAUUCAUUAGGUCAUGUUAAAGUUACACAUACUUUACUGAAUUCAAGUGCUGAUCCGUUUAGAUAUGAUGAUCAAGUUCCGAUGAAAAAACCGUUUAAAUCAAAUAAUGUUACAUUGACCGAGUUUCGUACGAAAUUUUGGAGUGCAUUGGAUUCAGGAUCAGAACCAUAUGAACUAUUAACCGCCUAUUUCAAUUCAUCAAAUGCUAUAUCUCAAGCUUAUUUUGCUAUUUGUCAACUGGAUUUGGCUACAAUGUGGCAAUUUUAUGGAUAUCCAAAUAUGGCAACUGUGUUAAUGCAGUGUAUUAUCAAUGCAGAUUGUUUACAUCCAUGUCCCAAUUCUGAUACGGUGUUGACUAAUGCUUUUGCAAAUAUUAUUAAAGAAUUCAGUUCAAUGGGAUUGAUUGAAACGGCACUAAAACUGUCUAAAAUAUGCCGGUCUACACUUUGUCGCUUUCCUGGUCAAUCGCCUUUAUUACAAGCUAGUAUAGAAAUUGAAUUGGAACAGAAUCUGCGGUCAGGUUAUGAUUUGGCUCAAUGUGAUCGAUUAGUCAAUUCACUGAGACUUUAUUGUCCAUGGGAAGCUGCCCUAAGGCAAGCAGAAGUAGAACAGAAACGUGGCAAUAUAUCCUAUACUCAUGAUAUACUGCGUUACAUUAUUGACAGUAUAAUAGAAAGACGAGAUCAUGAUUGUGGUUUAUUAAAACAAUCUAGUAAAAAUAAUGACAAUGAAAAACUGUUACAUUCAUCAAAUGAUUUAUGGAAUCCAAAAAAACCAUUUACUCAUCUUAUUCUGCCUACAUUUCCUGAGCAUACUCCUGUCGGUGGAUUGUGUAAACUAGCUAAUAUUGAAUUACGUGCACAUUUAGCUUUAAUUGAACUAUUGAUCACACUGAAGCUUUAUAUGUAUGCAUUCAGUGAAAUUGAUGUAGCAAGCAAAUUGUGUAGACAGUAUAAAUUGAAUUUAGGGUUGGAGAUGAUUAACUUAUUACAAUGUGCAGCUCAUUUAUCUAUGAAUAAUAACCAGAUGAAAACGGCUACUACUACUAACAAUAACGACAGUAAUACUGGUCACAAUAAUAGUAAGCAGCUUAGUUUUACAUGGAUAAAUAAAUUGAGAGAAGAUAAUCCCACUGGAAUGCUUGAAUUGAAUACUAGUUUAGAAGAAAUACUACAUCGUACCGACCAAUUGACAAAGAUUCGUUGUCGUGUAUUUAUAAGUCGUAUAAGACUUCUAAAUGAUACUAAUGAAAACGAUCGUUCAUUUAUUCAAAUGCAUAUCGCUGAGUUAUUGAAAGCACUUCAUUAUUAUCGUCAAUUGGAUGAUAGAAAACGUGUACUUGAUAUCUUGGUACUAAUGGCAACAGCAUUGAACUCAAUGAAUGAACCUGCUAAACGUAAUGAAGUAUCAAAGUCGUUUCAUAUGCUACGUGAACAUUUCGGAUUUGACAGUACACCUGUGAACCGUUUUGUUGUUGACAUUCUGUAA